UUUCACCUGGAUUCACCUGGUCAGUCUAUGUCAUGGAAAGAACAGGUGUUCCUAAUAUUUUGUACACUCAGUGUAACUGUUCAAUGGCUGACAUUGUUCGACGGCAGUGACAUCCACAUACAGGCACUGCACUCCCAUCGUUUCUUCUUCUUUCCCACCAACAAAGCUAAAGCAAGCCGUGAUGAUGCUGACAUUCUGAAGACACGUUCUGUUUGCGUUUCUCACCGUGAUUGGUCUCGCAGGCCACAAUCUCUCUGAUAAGGUAUUCGGUGGCAUUAACCCCUGUCUGCGCGCAGAGAUAGGACCCGCGGAUUCCCCCGUUCAUCUGUCCAUCACUGCAUUAGGACCACCCGGCGGCAGGUGGGUGUCAGAUACCCGCGUCAAACAGUGCAGUGUUUGCCGAGGGCAUUGAUUUGUGCACGGUAAAUUCUGUUCAAUCAUUAUCGGACUGCGGGGCAGAGAAUACAGACACAAAUAGAAACUAAGUAGUGAACUUUUCCGUUUGUGUAAACAGUGAGACCAAUGGCUUAGGUGCAACAGGGUCACAUGGUGAUGACACACCUGUCCAUGGCCUAUAGCGGCGCCAGGCGCACGAGCAGCACAGGUAGAGCAGAACACAAGGUUCCGCGCUGCGUAAGCUAUAGGGCGCAGGUACGUGUGCACACACACCCGUUGGAUAGCCCUGGCCCUCGGCAGUCAUGAAUCGAGAAGAGCACUACUAUUCUCCCGCGCAGCUGUUCAAAGACUCCUGCGCCUACCAGAGACCACACAGCGAGGACUACAGCCACAGCCCUCCGCCCUGCCUCUACAUGGGCCGGCAGGCUCAGUCCGUCUACUCCUCGCCCUCCAUGGGAGGGCUAGACCAGGCGAGUCUCCCUGACAUUGCUCCGUACAGUAUUCCCAUGCGAGAGGACCCGGGUGUGCCGCAGCUCCACCACCCCCAGGGGCCCCAGCAGACUCUCCAGCCAGGGGGUUACGAAUACCCGGGGGGGUUGGCUCUGUGUGCCGAUAGGAACAAAUAUCACCUGCCUUUCCCCUGGAUGAAAACCACCAAGUCUCACGCGCACACCUGGAAGGGACAGUGGGCAGGCCCCUACAUGGUGGAGGCGGAGGAGAACAAGCGGACCAGGACGGCCUACACGCGAGCCCAGCUCCUGGAGCUGGAGAAGGAGUUCCUGUUCAACAAGUACAUCAGCAGGCCGCGGCGUGUCGAGCUGGCCCUCACCCUCAGCCUCACAGAGAGACACAUCAAGAUCUGGUUCCAGAACCGACGGAUGAAGUGGAAGAAGGAGGAGGACAAGAAGAGAGUGAGGGGGAUCGACCCCGAGCAGGACUCGUCCAUUACGUCAGGAGACUUGAAGGAUGAGGCUGGGGUGGGAGUCGUGGGGGCAGGACAUCCCACCACCACGACACCCCCCUCACCCUUACACGCCCACUCCAUGUCAGGUUCUAGAGACUCGGCCUAGCAGGGCUGAUAUGGAUGGAUGAAAACUGGACAGACACUGAGGAAAGGGGACGCUCUUAGGCUGCGUUAACACAGGCAGCCGAAUUCUGAUAUUGUUUCACUAAUUGGUCUUUUGAUCAAUCAGAUCAGCUCUGAAAAAGAGCUGACGUGAAAAGAUCUCAUGUGAUUGGUCAAAAGACCAAUUAGUGGAAAAAAGAUCAGAAUUCGGCUGCCUGUGUUAACGCAGCCUCAUUCAAACAGACUCGGUUGGUAUUAUUCAUGUACAUUAUCGGCGGUGACAGAUUGAAGAGAGGUGAAAGGCGAGGACUGCAGGUUCAUUGUCUGCGAUAUCAUUCUGCGACUGAACUCUAACCUCAUGUUGUCGUGCUGAGGACAUGCGGGUCAUGCACUGAUGAUGACAGUUGGCAUUGGACAUACGUGUACAGACCCACUGCUCUGGUCUGCAGCCUCUCGUUGCGUUGUCAGAAGAGGGCAGCACCCAGUGCCUGGAGAGACAGUUGUGAUACAGACCACACAACUCUGUUGAGAGUGACGUCGGGCAUCUAGCCUACUUUGAUUGCUUUACUAAAAUCAAUGCACUUCAGAUACCUUCUCUGAAAAUGUUAGCAGUGUACAACCAAGUUUCAUUUAUGUAUGUAAAUAUAUGCAGUCUAUGCACGGGACAUGAUUCUGUCAAUAUUGACAAUACUGAUGCAUUUUCUGAUAAAUUGGUAUAUGACAAAAAAUGAGUCAAUCACACCAAUUAUAUAGCCUAUUUAUGUACUUAAUGUUAUCACAUCGUUGAUGUCUUAAUGAUAGGCACUGUGAAUAAUGUACUGUAUUUUGAAUUCUUUAUUAAGCUAUAAAGUUCAAGUUUGAAAUCAGAAUAAAGUCAAAUGAAACAUG